ACUUUAGACCCCUGCGUCGCUAUCCUGUCGCACCCCUAGCGCCCCCCACAGGCUAUCCCUCUCAGGCUCUCCCCCCCCGCACUCUUACUCCGUUACGCGGCAAUGCACUUCCGGCUGUGCAAAAUUCGGCAAAAAGGUUCGGCUCUCUAUCUGGAAACCUAAGCAAAAAUCUGUGUCACGGCUUCUGUCUUGACAUUCCUUCGUUGCCGUUUGCCCUGCUAAUCGACGUCUCGGAUCUGCGAUAAACAAAAGAGAAGCCGAAAGAAAGACUAAAAACAUGGGAUGCAAUACGGGCCGAUGCCUCGGUCCAGACGAUACGGGGUACCCUGGAUCAGAAUUCAUGGCAGCCAUUAGGAAGAAAUUGGUUAUCGUGGGUGAUGGUGCUUGUGGUAAAACAUGCUUACUCAUAGUCUUCAGCAAAGACCAAUUUCCUGAAGUGUAUGUACCUACGGUAUUUGAAAAUUAUGUUGCGGACAUCGAGGUCGAUGGGAAGCAGGUGGAAUUGGCUCUUUGGGACACAGCUGGACAAGAAGAUUACGAUAGGUUGCGUCCGCUGUCGUAUCCCGACACAGACGUAAUUCUAAUGUGCUUCUCCAUCGACAGUCCCGAUUCCUUGGAGAACAUUCCCGAGAAGUGGACACCGGAGGUGAAGCACUUUUGCCCAAAUGUGCCCAUUAUCCUUGUUGGAAACAAAAAAGACUUGCGCAAUGAUCCUAAUACUAUCAAGGAACUUAGCAAGAUGAAACAAGAACCAGUAAAACCAGAAGAAGGUAGAGCUAUGGCUGAAAAAAUCAACGCGUUUGCUUAUCUUGAAUGUUCCGCUAAGAGUAAGGAGGGUAUUAGGGAAGUAUUUGAAACAGCCACCCGGGCAGCACUACAAGUAAAAAAGAAGAAGAAGGGAAGAUGUUGGCUCUUAUAAUUCGUGAAAUUGUUAUACUGGAGGCCCCCAGCGAAAACCAUAAUAUAAUAACAACUUAUCCUGAAUUAUUUUACAUAAUAAAACAAAUCUAUGAAAAAGUAAAACACAAAAUGCGCCCGCAAUAUAUAUACUGUCAUCGAUGAAACUGGAGACUUAAAAAAAAAAAAGGAAACGUUGACUAAAUU